AGGUUUUAGGUUUUCUGCUUUCUAUUCCCAAAUCUGUUUCUUAUUUCCUAAUGAUAAAAAAAAUCACUUUCUAUUCCUAAAUCAGUACCACCUCCACCUGCCCAACGCCGCUGCCGUCGCAGCCGUCUCCGCUCCGGCUGCCGCUCUGUCACCCGCUUCCUCUGUCGCCGGCGCCUAUCACCGUUGCGUCGUCCUGCUCGUUCUUCCAUCAAUACACUGUGGAGUGUCGUCGUUCCGGUCAAACUGCUUGUUCAUCUGUCGCCGGCGUUCACCACUUUCGUCACCUUCUCCGCUCCAGCCUUCAGCCGUCGCCGUCCCGCUGUGCCUCCGUUCAACAGGAACAACAAAACCCAAAACCCUAGCAAAGCAGUGGUGUGUGUUGAACAGGUUAUUGAAUCAUAUCGGUAAGAAGCUAAGAGACUGUGUGAAAGAAGAAAAAUGGUAGUGAGGAUUCGAUUGUCUAGGUUCGGAUGUAAAAACAAGCCAUUUUAUAGGGUGAUGGCUGCCAAUAGCAGAUCCCCAAGAGAUGGGAAGCAUCUCGAGGUCCUUGGUUACUACAAUCCUUUGCCAGGCCAAGACGGAGGUAAACGAAUGGGUCUUAACUUUGAAAGAGUCAAGUAUUGGUUAUCAGUUGGGGCACAGCCUUCAGAGCCGGUCCAACGCAUCCUUUUCAGGGCUGGAGUAUUGCCUCCGCCACCCAUGGUGGCAAUGGGACUUAAGGGUGGACCGCGUGACAUGCGUCCUGUUGAUCCUAUGACAGGUCGUGUUUUAAAUGAAGAGAAACCAGUUGCUGGCAACCAAGAAAAAAGUGGCAAUGAUGAGGCUGUUGAUGAGCCAAACUCUGCAUGAAAAAUUUAUAUGAUCCCCAGGAGUCCUCACUCUGCAGUAUAAGUUGGGGAAAAUGAAAAGGUGGAUCAUAUUGGAUGAUUGUAAGUUUUUGUCUGAAAAAUAACAUUUGCCAUUUGCAGAAACUGCCAGCUUAUUUCCAGUGGCCUGGCCCUGCGUACAAGAUGUGUUCAAUUAAAUGUGAUCCAAUGACAAACUACUUUGGAUUUUGAAUUCACUUUACAAUACUAAACCAAACAUGUUGAAAUUA